AGUUUGAGUCACUGUGACACAGCACGGACUACAUCAAAUAUUGACCUAAUACUGGAUACAUUGUAUCGUUUUAAAUAUAUUUUGUGUGUACUUAGAUACAUAGAAAGGUUAAGAAUCGUACCAAAAGCGGUCGAAUACGUGCAGUCUCUAUUGGCUUGUUCUCUUAAUAUCAGUCGUAUCACAAAUGUGUUUGAGCUUCUGAGAUAGCAAAAGUUAAGUGUUGCUACGUUAGCUAGCGAGGUGGCUAAACCUUUAAGGGUCUCUCCAGUUUGGUAACGUUGUCAACGUUUGUAAGCUGACUAAAAAUAUUUUCAUACUGUAAUAUGGACCAGGAAAACACAAGUUUCAGUGUUAAACUGUACAUCUACGACCUGUCCAAAGGCAUGGCUCGUCAACUCAGUUCAGUGAUGUUGGGAAAACAGCUGGACGGCAUAUGGCACACGGCAGUUGUGAUCCAUGGAGAGGAGUUUUUCUAUGGGGGAGAAGGCAUCUCCAGUUGUCCACCAGGUGGUACAUUUCUGGGGCAUCCUGAUUCUGUUGUGGAUUUAGGAGAGACAGAGGUGACGGAUGAUCUCUUCAUGAACUACCUAACAAGUCUUGGGGAAUCUACUUAUAGUGCAGAGAGUUACAAACUGUUUGAGCACAACUGCAACACCUUCAGUAACGAAGUGGCCCAGUUUCUCACCGGCCGCAAGAUCCCGUCCUACAUCACGGACCUGCCGUCUGAAGUUCUCUCCACGCCCUUUGGUCAAGCACUGCGCCCCCUGCUGGACUCCGUGGCCAUCACCCCACCCGGGAGCAACUCCAUUAACGGGCGUUACGGGCAGAGAUAGAGGCCAGGUUCAAGGAGAGUGUCCUGCAGCUCUGAUCCAUCCGCAGUAUCCACUCAGCGGAGUGAGCAUAGCCACCCUAACCACCACCAGCAGCUUGACCAAAACCUGUCCUUCUCUCUGGAGUCUGUUUUUACGUAGAGCAUUGUUUAAAUAAAACAUGUAACUGAUUAUAUUAACACAUUGGGUAGAGUAGAAGUCGUAUUAGCUAGUUUAUAACCAACAGGCUUAAGCCAAACAGUACUGUAACCAUACUGUGUUGUGCCAAGCUGGUAUUGUAUUUCUAUUCACAUUCAUAUGAGGAGAUGCUGAAGCUGACCUGUUGGUGCUGCUUUAGAACAGGGCCCAAGUGCAACUUCCUCAGCACCUCACACCUCUCUGUGCCCUCUAAAGUUUGUUUAGAUCAAACGCAUCAGUCAUGCAGACCACAUUACUGUGAAAGUGCCGGGGUCAUGUCAACAAAUCCUCAAAUCCUAAAUUUACAGUUAGAAUAGUGUGACCAGAUCAUUUUUGCAAGUGUGCUUGCAAAACAUUGACAAGCAGCAAACAUCUUUUUCCCUUGCUGUUCUUACCCAGUGGAGACGUGACCGAAACUAUGCUCAAUCUGUUAAUUAUGUGUUGUGAUUGUUAAUAAAGUGUCAUAGGAAAGCAGAAGCAGAAGUAGACAGCCCCCCCCCCCUGUGUUACCCCUCUACCUGGUGGUCUGGUGUGGCUGAUCCUUACAGCAUCAGAGCAGCUCAGACACAGAUGAAUGUAUGCUUGGAAAGAAACUUCAGGACUGCAGGGUCAGAGCUGUAGGGCUUCCUCUCCUCUAUACACCACUCUACAACUGUCAGUAAUAUCUACUUAGUUCCUCAUCUCAUUUUGGGUGUUUAACUAUUUAUAAUCAUUGUUAUCAUCAGUAUUUUAUGUUCUCUUGCACCAUAUCACCACUCUGAAAGAGGCAGAGAAGACAGCUGGAUGGUUAAAGUUAAGUAUCAAGAGGAUAGUGCCAGGUCGUGAGUUUUGAGGAUUUUAGGAGAUAUAUUUGACUGACAUUAUAUGCCAUGUAGUAUCAGGAAUUUGUUGGUUUGUGACCAAGCAAUGCUCUACACUGGCAAACAUUUAAGACCACAAAACAGGAAUACUAGAAUGUAAGAGUAGUGUUCCUGACCAAGCUAUGUGUACAAUAUGCUAUCCGUCAGCCUAUGAACCAUGAAUUAGACUUGAGGCCAAAUCACUUUGGGUUUGGUCAUGGACUGUUAUGUCACUGAAAGGGUCGUCAUGGAAUUCUUGCUUGUAAGAGACAUCCCAUAUUAAGCUCUCUAUAUAUUAAGAUAUGCUUCAUGCUACUGACCACCUCCACCCACUUACCAAUGUUUUCGAGUCUUAUCACGAUUUGCUAUUACUGUUAGUGUUUGGAUUCUGUGUUUUCCUAAAUGACGUUUGCAUUCUUAAUAGAAAAUAUUGACAGCACUCUAUGUGGUGUUUCUACUUGAGAAUUUAAACAGAUACUGUUCUUGACUGUUGGCUUUAUUGAAAUUGAGUGGCAAAGAAUUAGAGUUUGAUUUCUGGCUUCAGUGUAUGUCUCUUGAUAUCCACCAGUGAAGCCUACCUGAUUACCGCUUGAGGUGUUUGGUUGUUGCAUUCUGGGAAAUUCCACGUGGCUUUUUGCCGAUAAACUUAGACAAGAGACGUCGUUAUCACAGACAUUCUUUAUAGUGGACAAGAGCCAUACAGUCUGGCUCCAAGCAUUAAAAGUUGGAACAGAGCAGUCAACAUUAAUGCUUUAUGUAAGCUAAACGUAAGACAAACCAGACUAAUAGCUUUUAAAUUUAUUAUUACAAUUUAAUAUAUUUAAUAUAUUUACACUGACUUAAGCAUUUGAUCUGUUGUUCAUCCUAUGCCUCAGUGAGUGUAUUAUGACCAUGUGAACUCGUUUAAGAAAGUAGCAUUGUCAAGUGCACCACGAUAACAUGCCAUAAUAUGUUGCAUACUUCAUGAACGGCGCUGUCAUUUGCAGGCAGUUGUUGUAGUGAAAAUGUGUUGUAAUUUAUUUCAGGAAGGAUUCAUGUUUUUCCCUUACUUGACCAAGACUUGACUUUCUAAAUGUUUAAACUUUGUAAUACAAACAUGUAUUAAUUAUAUAAUGCAACACUGUCAUCUCAGUGUCAUUCCACUUGGUGUUUUUUCAGUAAUAACCUCAAUAUCUUACCUCCUCUUUGAAUGUUGCAUAGAAGAGUGCCUCUGUUUUGAAACCUUUUUACUAUUGUUCGGCUAUAUCCAUUUAUUCACCUCUACUGAUACCGAAAAUAAAUACUCCAAGCCAAAA